GAUGACCUAAUGGAACUGAAUUCACACGUAGUGCUUUUUUGGGUCCUGGUGCUGUGCUGUGGUUCUGCUAACGGCAGUAUCCUGUACCGCGUCCAGGAGGAGCAGCCUCCCAACACCCUUAUUGGUAGCCUGGCAGCCGACCAGGGACUGCCUGACACGGGUCACCUCUACAAGCUAGAGGUGGGUGCCCCUUACCUCCGUGUCGAUGGAAAGACGGGGGACAUUUACACCACAGAGAUCCCCAUAGACAGAGAGACCCUGAGGGACUGUCGAACGCUGGGUAAGGGUAAACCCUGCUACCUGGAAUUUGAAGUAUCAGUCACAGAUCUGAACCAAAAUCAAAGCCCAAGACUUAUUGAAGGACGUAUUGAGGUACAGGACAUCAAUGACAAUACCCCACAGUUCCCCUCUUCUGUGCUCACCAUCUCUGUCCCCGAGAACACCAUCAUGGGGGCGCUGUUCUCCAUACCCUUAGCCACAGACAGGGACUCAGACAGGAAUGGGGUAGCUGAUUACGCGCUCACGGCCGGGCCAGAUGCAGCAACCCUGUUUGGUUUACAAGUGGCCGACGACAGGGGAGGGAAGCUCCCACAGCUGAUUGUCCUGGGCAACCUCGAUCGUGAGUUAAAGGAUUCCUAUGACCUCACCAUCAAGGCAGUGGAUGGAGGAAACCCUCAGCGCUACAGCAGUGCUCUGCUUAGAGUCGUGGUCACCGAUGCCAAUGAUAACUCCCCCAAGUUUGAAAAGUCCACGUAUGAGGCAGAGGUUUCUGAAAAUAGCCCAGUGGGGCACUCUGUAUUGCAGGUCAGAGCAAAUGACUCGGACAUGGGCCCUAAUGGAGAAAUUGAGUACACCCUUCAUCAGGCGGUAGACCCAGUGCCGAAACUCUUGCGAAUUGAUCGGUCCACUGGUGUUAUCUAUGUCAAAGGGUCACUGGACAGGGAGGAAAUCAGCAGCCUGUCCUUCUAUGUGAUGGCAAAGGAUAAGGGUCCUCAACCUAAAAGCUCAAAGACAUUUGUAACCAUUGAGGUGACAGACCAAAAUGACAACGCACCAGCUGUGGAGAUCCGUGGAAUUGGUCUUGUGACACACAGUGAGGGAGUGGCGAACAUUUCUGAAGACAUGCCAGUGGGAACAGCCGUAGCUUUGGUGCAAGUGUCUGACAACGAUGAGGGAGAGAAUGCUGUGGUAACUUGUGUGGUUGCAGGAGAUGUGCCCUUCCAGCUUCGCCCUGCCAGUGACUCGUCCAGUGACAACAAGAGGAAGUAUUUUCUACAGACCACCACUCCUCUUGACUACGAAAGGGUUAGGGAUUACCGAGUCGAGAUUGUGGCAGUGGACUCUGGAAAUCCAGCACUCUCAAGUACAAAUUCAUUGAAGGUGCAGGUGACUGACGUGAACGAUAACUCUCCAAUAUUCUCCCCAACCUUGUUUGAGGUGGAUUUUGCGGAAGAAAACCAACCAGGGGAAAAGGUAUUGGAUGUUAUAGCGUCGGAUGCUGACAGCGGCACAAAUGCUGAACUCCUCUAUAAUAUAGUGGCCGACUCAUCCAUCAAAGGUCUCUUUGAGAUUGACCCAAAUACAGGUGAAGUCAGAGCCCGAAGCCCACUUGAUCGUGAACAUAAAGAAAGAUAUGAGUUCCGUGUCACAGCAGCAGAUAAAGGUUCACCUGUUCAUAAAGGAUCAGCGACUGUUGUGAUAAACGUCCUUGACCGCAACGACAAUGACCCCAAGUUUAUGCUCAGUGGCUACAGCUUUUCAGUUUUGGAAAAUAUGCCGCCCCUCAGUCCAGUUGGUAUGGUGACAGUCUUGGAUGUGGAUAAAGGUGAGAAUGCUCAUGUUCAACUCUCUGUAGAGCCUGAUGGAGGGAAGUUUGUCGUUCAAAAUGGAACAGGCACCAUUCUCUCAAGCAUCUCAUUCGACAGGGAGAAAGAAAGCAGCUACACCUUCCGUCUAAAAGCAGUGGACAGAGGAGAGCCACCCAGGUCUUCAUAUGUGGCUGUAACUAUCAAUGUACUGGAUGAAAAUGACAAUGACCCUGUUGUUACUAAGCCCUCCAAUUCCUCCUUCAGGCGUUUGUCUCCUCUGGCUUCCCCGGACAGCCAUGUAGAAAUAGUGGAAGCUGAAGAUCUGGACAGUGGGCCUAACGCAGAACUGGUCUUCGGUAUUGCUGGUGGAAACCCUUACCAGCUAUUUCGCAUCUCCCCUUCCAGUGGGGAGAUCACUCUCGCAAAGGAGAUGACCAGCAAACAUGGUGGACUGCAUCGCCUAGUGGUGCGAGUGAGUGAUAGGGGUAAACCUGCUCGUCACGCAACUGCCCUGGUCCACAUCUAUGUCAAUGAAACCAUUUCAAAUGUCAGCUUAGUGGAGGCCCUAGUAGGACACAGUCUUUACACUCCACUGGACAGGGACAUUGCUGGUGAUCCUGACAGUGGCUUUGCAGCACAGCGUAGUAACAUUUUAUUUGGAAGCCUUGCCGGUGUGGCAGGUGUCGUCAUGUUGAUCUUGGUGGUGGUAUUUAUUCGACACCGCAUCCAGAGAGAAACUAAAAGUGGGUAUCAGGCUGGCAAAAAAGAAACAAAGGACUUAUAUGCACCUAAACAGGUACCAAAGAAUACCAAAGGCAAACGAGGGAGGAAAGGAAAACCCCAAAAGUCCCCGAAACCACUUGGAGAAGACGAGGAAGUCAGCCUCCAAAAGAGUCUCAAGUUCAACCUUGAUGGAGUCAAUGAUAGCCCCAGGAUACACCUGCCCUUAACAUAUUCACCAGGAAGCCCAGAUAUAGGCAGGCACUACCGCUCCAACUCCCCCUUACCUUCCAUCCAGCUGCAGGCCCAAUCGCCCUCUGCCUCACAGAAGCAUCAGGCUGUCCAGGACCUUCCUGCUGCCAACACCUUUGUAGGAACGGGAGGAGAUGACAACUCUACCGGAUCAGACCAGUACUCAGAUUACAGCUACAAGACCAGCCAACCGAAGUACAACAACAAACAGCAUCCCCAUCGGCGAGUGACCUUCUCCACCGCCAACCCCGUGCAGGACCUGCAGGACGCCUCCCAGCACAGCUACUAUGACAGCGGCUUGGAGGAAUCUGAGACUCCCAGCAGCAAGUCGUCGUCUGGUCCCCGCAUCGGACCCCUGACCCUGCCCGAGGACCACUACGAGAGAACCACUCCAGAUGGCAGCAUCGGAGAGACCGAACACCCGGAAAAUGAUAUCCGCUCCCUCCCCGACGUGGCGAUGACCGGAAACUGCACGCCAGAGUGCAGCGAGCUGGGCCACUCAGACGCCUGCUGGAUGCCCGGGCAUCCCUCCCCCGUGCGCAAGACCAGGAACCCCCCGAAACUCUCCACCUUCGUGCCUUACCAGGAGAGAGGAAGCCUGGGUCGCCUGGCGAACGGGAGUGCCAGGCUGGGUGGCGAGGAGCAGCACCGGUCGCGCCUUCCGCCCUCCCGCAGUGCCUAUUCCAACAGUGGUCACGACGCCAGUCAGGACUGCCCCUUAGAGGAGAUGCCCCUGAGCGCAGCCUCCGAGUUCCCAACCCCCUCCCCGUCUGCCCACACUCCGAAAAGAGAAAUUUACCUGUGA